AUGAAUAUGAUUAAUCUUUUAAGAUGUGGUAAGAAACUCUUGGGGAUACAUGGGUGUCGUGGUUAUAAGAAGUGGGUACCAGAUGCAGAAGAUUUCAAGUUCUGGAAUCGCCCGUUACCGUUUUCGGAUGAUGAUAUCAACGACCAGUUGAAGAUUUUCUACAAUCAGAAGCUGGCAUUGGUCCCCAGGGAGCGGAAACUAGCGAAUACCUUUAUUAACUUUGGUCCUGCCCAUCCUGCGGCUCAUGGUGUGCUGCGUAUGGUGUUAGAAUUAGAAGGAGAGGUUGUGAAGCAUGCAGACCCUCACAUUGGGAUGUUACACCGUGGUACUGAGAAAUUAAUGGAGUACAAGACCUACCAUCAAAAUAUCCCCUACCUGGACCGAUUGGAUUACAUUUCCAUAAUGGCCAAUGAACAUGUUUAUAUCUUAGCAGUAGAAAAGCUAUUGAACAUCACAGAUGAAAUUCCUUUACGUGCCAAGUACCUAAGGGUCCUUUUUGUAGAAAUCUGUCGAAUUCUGAAUCAUAUCCUAGCUGUGGUCUCACAUAUCUUAGACCUUGGUGCAAUUACUCCUUUAUUCUGGUUGUUUGAGGAACGUGAGAAGAUUUUCGAGCUUCUGGAGCGUGCGUCCGGGUCCAGGAUGCAUACCGGAUACAUGCGGGUUGGUGGUGUGCAACAGGACAUCCCCCUUGGUUGGUUGGAUGAUUUAUGGGACCUUAUGGCCAAAAUGAAUGAACGAUUUGAUGAACUUGAGGAUGUCGUGACUACAAAUCGUAUUUUUGUACAGAGGACCAAAGAUAUCGGGGUUAUAUCUGCUCAUGAUGCUAUUAACAUGGGUUGCUCAGGUGUGAUGUUACGUGGUUCUGGUAUAAAAUGGGACCUGAGACGUCAACAACCCUAUGAAAUCUACGACCAACUAGAUUUUGAUGUCCCCAUUGGUACCAAUGGUGAUUGUUACGAUAGGUACCUCGUCCGGAUGGAAGAAAUGCGUCAAUCACUCCGAAUCAUCGACCAGGUGAUAAAUCUUAUGCCAGAGGGACCCGUACGUAUCAAUGAUCAUAAAAUAGUCCCACCAUCACGUGCUGAAAUGAAGAAAUCAAUGGAAGCAACCAUACAUCACUUCAAAUUCUACACCCAAGGCUUCACAGUGCCUCCUGGUGCCACCUACACAGCAACAGAACACCCUAAAGGUGAGAUGGGUGUUUAUAUAGUCUCUGAUGGUACCUCCAAGCCAUACAGAGUCAAAAUCAAACCUCCAGGCUAUGCCCACCUUGCAGCAAUGAAUCAUUUAGCUAAAAACAAUUACCUUGCUGAUGUGGUUGCCCUAAUGGGUACCCUGGACCUUGUCUUCGGUGACAUUGAUCGUUAAUCAAUUUUUAAUUCGUUUAUUGUGUUGAUUUUCGUCUUGUUUUUCAUAGCAAAUAAAAAGAAACAAAUGAACAGAAAGAA